AUGGCUGAAAUGUUUCCCUCCAUUCAAGGAUAUUUCAGAGGCCCCAGCGAGGCCCGUCCAGCCGCGCCCCGUCAGACACUCGGCCCCGAAGGCCAGGCGACGGCGGCCGCCGAGGUGCAGGAGAAGCUCGGCUCCGCGUCCCGGAUCAGCAGGGACCGCGGGAAAAUCUACUUCGAGGUGCCGGCUCGCUGCCUGCCCGAGGUCCAUCGGCUGAGGUCCGUGGAUAAUUUGUUUGUUGUCGUUCAGGAGUUCAAAGAUUAUCAGUUUAAAGAAACCAAGGAAGAUGCUUUAAAAGAUUUGGAAGGUCUGGUUAAAAAACUGCCUUGGACUGAUCCUUUGAGAAUUUGGGAGCUGAACAACAGCUUAAAAAAGAAAAAGACAAAACGCAAAAAACAGAAUCUGCAGAGAACUGCAAGCAAAGAAAAGCUGCGUGAUGGCGGAGAGGAGGAACAGGAUGACAGAGCUGUGGGUGGGCAGGAGGACUGCGCCCCAAACACGGCGGGGGCAGAGCCGGCUGUUGGCCAGAGUGCAGAGGAGAUGCAAGGAGAGGCCUCGCAGAAUGAGGAGGAUGAUAACGAACAGUCAGAGACUAAAAACGAACUGCGUGCCAGUUCUGGAGCUGAGACCAAGGCUGGAGAUGAGAGGAAAGAUGAAGGAGACGCAAAGGUGUUAAAGUUUCGCGUUACUUGCAAUAGAGCCGGAGACAAGCACAGUUUUACAUCAAAUGAGGCUGCGAGAGACUUCGGAGGAGCUGUGCAGGAGCACUUCCAGUGGAAGGCUGACAUGACUAACUUUGAUGUAGAGGUUCUCCUGAAUAUUCACAAUAAUGAAGUAGUUGUGGGCAUUGCAUUAACUGAGGAGAGUCUUCACAGAAGAAAUAUUACACAUUUUGGACCCACAACUCUUCGCUCAACUCUUGCUUAUGGCAUGCUUAGGCUCUGCGAUCCCCAGCCGACGGAUAUCAUCAUUGAUCCAAUGUGUGGUACAGGUGCAAUCCCCAUAGAGGGAGCUAUGGAAUGGCCUGGUUGCUAUCACAUUGCUGGUGAUAACAACCCACAAGCUGUAAAGAGAGCAGCAAGCAACAUCUGCUCUUUGCUAAAGAAAAAUGAAAAUAAGGAAAGCAGUGCUUCCCUGGGAGUACCCUUAGACAUCGUUCAGUGGGAUAUUUGCAAUCUCCCUUUGCGGACCGGCUCUGUGGAUGUCAUUGUGACAGACAUGCCUUUUGGAAAAAGGAUAGGGUCAAAGAAGAAGAACUGGGAUCUCUAUCCAGCCUGCCUCAUGGAGAUGGGGCGGAUCUGCACACCGGGCACAGGUAGAGCUGUGCUGCUUACUCAGGACAAGAAAUGCUUUGCCAAGGCUUUGUCAAGACUGGGACACAUCUGGCGCAAAAAUCACACAGUGUGGGUGAAUGUAGGAGGACUUCAUGCUGCAGUGUAUCUUCUGAAACGCACCUGGGAAAGAGUGGAAGAAAAAAGGUCAUUCUGGUAAUAGCCUGCGUGGAAGAAGACAGCAGACACCUCCAGAACUUCCAGAUGAGCAGAUUGGUAAAGGAGACAGCUGAGAGUGUAUGUCUCUGUUCCUAAGCAGAAGGCAAUAAAUGUGAGAACUGCUUAAUGUGAGCAAUGAACCAGGGACCAACCUGAGAGCUCCCCGUUGUACUGUGUGUUCUGAACCUGACUUAAAUGAUCUCUUUCACCCUGCCACUCAAACUGAAAGUCAGUAGUGGUGUUAGUAAUGCUCUCCUUUGCCUGAGUCUUUUCUACUACGUCUGUUGUAUUUCUCAGUUAAAUGCUUGUUUCCUCUGCUUAUAGUAGAAGACAUGUUGAAGCAUUUUUGGAGCCAAUUAGCUGCUAAUUUUUCCCCUGAACUGUAGAAAUCGUAUCUUAAAAUGCCAGUCUUAGUCACUUUCAAGGGUUUGGAGGUAGUACCUCUUUGCUGUAGGACUUUUCCAAAUUGAAAGUUUAAAGUCUGUGCUGUUGCCCAAAUGUAAAUUAAGGUGUUUGAUACUCCGGUGAGAAAAUGCUGAGCAGUGUG